AUGAAGAAGUUUAGCCAAAAACAGGUGCUUUCCACCGGUGACAUACCGCCGUCUAUCCCGGCGUUCAAUAUAGCUGAUUUGGCUCAUGCUGUAGACACAUUCAGGCCAUCGCGGUACAGCUCGUAUGAAUUACCUCAGGAUCUCCCGGUUUAUGACAGAUUUAGUGGUAAAUUGAAGCGAUUUGUCAAACGUGGUGACAGGAAAGUCAGGGUGGUUAGUGCGCCACCGCUUAUGAACCACUGUAUUGAAAAAGAGCCGUUAGUUACACCGUCAUACACAAUGUCAGGUUCAAUACAUCCAGUUAUGAACAACUGUGCUGCUGCUCAAACUCCAGAGAGGAUGCAAAAGCCAAGAGUUGUUUCUGGUCCACCUGUGCCACCAAAAGAUUCACGCUAUGGUAUGGGUAUGAAUGGCAAGAAGUCACUUGAAGCCAGCGCACUUCAAAAAUCCUCAAAGCAUAUAUGGGAAACUCGUCUCAAUAACGUUACUCGACUUUCUCCCUUAUAUCAGCUUCCAGAAAUGGAAAAUAUGGGUAGCAAUGUUGAGAGGUCUAGAUUAUCUGCCAAUAUACCAAUACCCCGGAGACGUAAAAUGGCCGUUGCUGCACCUACAAAUAAUAUAACCAGUGAAGGCUUGUUUUCAAAUGAAGAUGAAGCAUGGUGUUACAGGGAUUUAUACUAG